AUGCCCAGUGACCUAGAAGAAGAUUAUAUACCCUGGAUCCAACAGUUUUGUGAGGUUUUCGGCCACGAUUACUUUGUACAAGUAUCACAAGAUUUUAUUGAAGAUGACUUUAAUCUAACUGGUUUGUCCCUGCAAGUACCCUUUUAUAGAGAAGCAUUAUACACGAUAUUAGACUAUCAAGUGGAGACCGCAGAAGAUCAUACCAACACCAACAAUAAUAGCAUAAACACAACUAAUACUAAUAAUAACAACAACAACAACAAUACCAUUAGUAGUCGAGGGGCAAAUAGUACGGGCAAUGGUAAUAACAACAACAGCAACAGCAACAACAACAGUAAAAAGUCAUCCAACAAUACACCUGAAUUACCCAACAAGGCUCUUUUAGCGCAUCUGGCCGAACUAUUAUAUGGUUUAAUCCACGCUAGAUACAUUGUCUCCAAGCCAGGUCUAACGGCAAUGGCAUCUAAAUUUGAAAAGAAUGACUUUGGUUCGUGUCCAAGAUACUUUUGUGAUGGAAUGCAUUUAAUACCUGUAGGAUCCACUGAUGUACCGGGUCAAGAAACUGUGCGAUUAUAUUGUCCUUGCUGUAAUGAUAUUUAUAUACCUUCAAGUUCAAGAUAUUUGAAUAUCGAUGGCGCUUACUUUGGUACUACUUUUCCUGGCUUAUUGGUUAAAAUGUUUCCUGAGAUUGAAAAUCAAUGUCGGAUAAGAAUAAAUAAAUUUAGUGCUAAUGAUUUUGGAUUGAAGUUGUUUGGAUUCAAGAUUAACGAAUUGAGUGCCACGGGACCAAGAAUGAAGUGGUUGAGACAACAUCCGAAGACUGUGGAAGAUAAACAAGAAUAUGAAUAUUGUGAGUAUAGUGUACCCAAGUUGAAAUAUGUCGACGAGGAUGACGAAGGUGGCGAAGAUGCUAGUAUGGCUGAAGAAGACGAUGAAGGGGAAGGAGAAGAAGAGGCAGGAGAUGAUGACGAUGAUGAUAAAACUAUGGCUAGCGAGUAG